CACAAGGUCUGCACCCGAGCAAACAGCACUUGGCCACCAAGGAUGGGCCUGCUGGCGUGUCCCUGACAUCAGGGACAAGUCUAGAGACACCAGGUUAGAUCCACGGUGGUGGAGCAAAGACCGGGACCUGGUGGCCAAGCCGGGGAGCUAAGCCCUCCCCCAGGGCUCAUGGGAGCAGAGUAAGGGACCGUGGACUUUGCCAGGCCGGUGCGGAGGGCUUCUCAGAGGCAGUGAUGCUAGAUUUGGGCUUUGAUGUAUGAGCCCGAUUGUUCCGAGUGGCAGAAGCAGGUGCUCCUGCAGCGGCAUCUGGGUACCAGGUGCCUAGGAGCCACGUGGGUGUGGCCUUUAGUGGCUGUGAAGUGGUAGGUGUGCAGGGAGCAUCCGACCCCUGCAUUGGAAGCCCUGUGCACCCGCCCGCCCUCGGAGACUGUGUGACCCUGGGAGGACAGGACUCUGACUUGGCUUGGGAGUGAGUUGGAGUGAGGCUGAAUCUCUUCUGCAAUACUUCCUUCCAGCUGAGACACAGACACAACUGUAGGGAAACCCUCAGAUCCCACUGCUGGCACCAUGACCUCGGAAAGCCGUGAACUCUCCCCAGAGAACGAAAGUUUUCUUGAGGAUGCUAUUGCGUAUUUCCAGAACACCGUGAGCCCAGAAGUACUGCAUCACCUAUUGAACGACCAUGAAGCCUGGGAGAGAUUUGUGGCUGUGGCUGUGGCCUCAUUGUCCAGGGAGGAGGCUGACACACUACGUGAAGGUUUGAAUGACCUGACAGGACACAUGCAUAUGGAAGACGAAGAGCUGGCUAGGGAGACUUUUUUGAAUGUGUUUCCCCAGUUGAAAGCGGAGCUUGAGAACCGCAUAAGAAAGCUCCAUGAGCUUGCAGAUAAGGUUGACAAGGUCCACAAGCGCUGCACCAUCUCCAACAUGGUAGCGAGCUCCACCGGUGCUGUGUCUGGCCUCCUGGGCAUCCUUGGUCUGGGUCUGGCACCUGUAACAGCAGGGUUCAGUCUGACACUCUUGACAACUGGAUCGGUGCUGGGAGUCGCAGCUACUGUGACUCACGUGUCCACCAGCCUUGUGGAAUACUCAAACACAUCAUCUGCAAGAGCUGAAGCCAGUGACCUGGUGUCUGGUAUUGAUCAAGGGGACAGAGUUGAAUUGGAUCUGCAGAACACCAUGCUCAAAAUUCUUUCUUUAGGAUCUCUCUUUAGAAAUCUGCAAAAAAUUGCAAAGAAUAAUAGUGCCAAGAAGGUAGCCAAAGUCCAACCUCACCUGGUAGACAAGGCCAGGCGCCUCAUGACAGGUAGGAGUGUCUCAGUUCGAAGUGGCAAUCUGGUGCAGAAAGCUUUUGGAGGUACUGCUCUGGCAAUGACCAAAGGAAUCCGGUUUCUGGGCAUGGCUAGCUCAGGUGUGUUCCUUCUGAUGGAUGUGUCCAGCCUUGUAAAAGAGUCAAGGCACUUGCAUGAGGGGGCAAGGGCAGAGUCAGCUGAAGUGCUGAGGCAGCAUGCCCAGGAGCUGGGGAGAAAGUUGGAAUUGCUCACAGGGCUCUAUGAGAGUCUCAUGUAGGGCCGACUCCAUGACCUCCAAGCAGGGAUGGAGCAGGGGUGAG